GUCUCGCAGUACAACAUCGUGUCGGCGCGGGACGAAGUGACCAGCGAGCCGGAGACGCGGCUCGAGUCGCGGCCGGCGCAGGGGCCGAGCCGUCUGCCGGUCCGUCGGAGCGGGUUGCGCGAGUCCUUCUUGAGCCGACUGCGGCGGCACAAGUCGAGUCCGCACCGCGACCCCAGCCCCACUCAAGAGCAGCUCGAGCCGACGCCGUCCGACGAGCCGACCGGCCCGGCGUCCGUGCCCCGUCUGCCGCGCUGGCUCGUGCACGCGCUCUCCGGCCGCCUCUCCUCCAGCCCCAACUCCGCCUCGGUCUUCUUCUCCACCGAGCCCGGCGUCGGUACCGGCAAAGCCCGCCGACUGGCUCGCGUCAAUCCGGCCUCGGCCGGCCUCCGCAACGAGCUGCUCGAGCUGCCCAUCUCACAGGCCCAUCUUCUGCCCUCCGUCGAGACCGGCGUCGAGACCGGCGUCGACUGGCCUCUCGGACGCCAUGACGCCGAGAGGCCUAAUCCGUGCGGGCUCGUCUCGACGCCGUCGCUCGACAUGGCCGCCUCGUGUCGCGAGGAGAGCGCCGGCUCAGAGUCCGGCGACUGGACGAGCCGGCGCCUCGAGGCCCGCGCCAUCUCGGCGCCGCUGGCCAAUUUCGGCUGGACGACGCGGCCGAAUGGGCCCGGCUGUCGGCGGCCAGCCGCUCCGGCGGCCAGAGAAACGCGGCCAGCUCGGCCGGCGCGAGUGAAGAUGAGUCUGGACGGGCUGCCGACGAGGGACGACGACGAGACGGACUCGAGGAGCGAGGCGCUGUACUUCGGGCACAGAAUCGUCUCUGCCGAGGCGUCGACGGCGACGCGCCGGCCGCCGCCGGGACUAGUUGAUCCAUUCACGCGAGACUGGACGACCGGCCAGGACAUCUUCAAAUGGGCAGCCGAACGGUAUCUCGGCAAGACUGAGGCCAAGGGGAGAUAUGAAAACGACCAGUCUCCUCAACUACCGGCAAGACGAGCGCGCUCGAGCAGCAAACUGUUCAUGCUC